AUGGCAGCAGGUGGUGAACUUAGUUAUGAAGAGUUGCUGGAUCACAUUCUGAAUAACAAGCCUAUACCUAAUAUUGUGGAGGUGCCCAAUGUUACGCUGGAUGAGGGUUUAGCUAGUACUCCUUCAUUGAGGCCAAGACCUAGGCCUUGGGAAGGUCAGCUGCAGCAUCAAUCUCAUCAAGGAUCAUUAGACAAACCCAAUAUAUCUCUGGACAUUGAUCAAGAAAGCCUAGAAGGCAUGACCUCAUUAACAAGGCUGUCUGAAUGUUACGAUAUACAGUCUAAGUUACAGAUUAAUGACAGUGACAACGAUAAUGAUGACAAUAACAAUGAUAACAAUAAAGGCGAUGGCAAUGAUGACGACAAUAAUACAGUAACAGCAAAUCCAACAGCUAGGUAA